AGAAGUAUUUCUUGGUUAGCAUAGUCAGGGGUAACACCGCUUGAAGUUGCCACAUUGAGUGAUAUUCAUCAGAAUGCUAUGGCUCUCUUUCCAGUAGCUUCUUGCGUUCCGGCCGUUCCAGAAUGGAGCCUUUCUGGAUUAAUGAAGCACAUUCUAUCUGAUGAGGCUAGAGAGGAUGCAAUCUAUUGUGACCCUACUGAUGCAAUAGUAUUGUCCAAACAACGCUUGUGUUUCACCCGGUUGAAUGAAGGAGAACUUGCAUUAAAAGAUGAUGAAGCCUGCAUUGCACUGAGACCUGAUUGGCCAAAGGCUUAUUAUAGGGGCGGGUGCUGCACAGAUGAUUUUGACAAAGCAGCCGAUUCCUUUCAUCAUGGUUUGAAGUUGGAUCAUGAGAAUGGGGAGCUUAGACGUGCCUUUAGGCAGGAAGCUAUUGAAGCUAAAAAGAACAAACUGUGUGGCUUCCCAAACUGUGAACAUCUACCUGCAUGGUUCAUGUUCUUCUUUGGUUGGCAGCUCAGCGCCACACUUUAUCCAAAUGUCAUUGCUUGUCAUAUAUUUUCCCCAUUGACGAUGUCUGUUGAAGCUGGGUCAAUUGAAUGUGUAAAGCUGUUGCUUAAGGCUGGAGCUGACCCAAACUUAAGUGCUCCGAUGGGAAUGGCACCUUUGGGAUCUGCAGCUGCAAAAGGAUUGACUGAAAUUAUUAAAUGUUUGUUAAAUGCUGGAGCUGAUCCUAAUGCCAAUGAGGCUGUUAUGAUUCUCCUUCCUGUGACUUCUCCCAUUCCAACUAUAUCUGACUGGAGCUAUGCUGGAAUAAUGAGCCAUGUUCACUCUGAAAAGGGUCAAGAAGAGGUUGAGACCUUGGAAUUUCCUGUGCUUGCAAUGUUUUUGCAGAAAAAGAGGCGGUUGAAGGAAGAUAUAUUGUUUUUAAAAUCCAAGGGAGAAGAGCUUAUCAAUGCAGGGGAUUAUCUUGGCGCAAUUUAUCCAUACUCAAAGGUGAUAGAUGCUUUUCCGACUGAUGCAGAUGCACCAUCCAGUCGAAGCUUUUGCUGGGCUCAAUUGGAAACAGGUGAUGGUGCACUAGAAGAUGCUUUAAGUUGCAUUAGGCUAAGACCUUACUGGCCAGAGGCUUACUACAGGGCGGGUGUGGCAUGGAUGUUAUUGGAAGAUUUUGAGAAAGCUGCUGACGCAUUUUAUGAUGGUUGGAAGUUGAAUCUUGAAGAUGAGGAGCUUGAACGUGCUUUUUGGGAGUCUGGUGGUCAGAACUCUGUACAUUUGUUCCUUGGUUUGAACAAGAUGGGGUUUUAAAAACAGAAGCAAUAAUCUAAUCUACUGAUUUUGAAUUUAAGCUUCUAACAUCACAUGCCUUUGUGUGAUCAGACAUUGAACGUGAUGCCAAUUUGGUAUAAUUUUCAUGAAGAGUUGCUUCAUUUUAGACUACAGGGAUAAUCUAAACUUGUUUCUAUGUUCUGAAUUCUGAUUUAGUGUUUAGUAGUUUCUUUUGGUAUAGCUGCAAUCCAUUUUCUCUUCACAAUAUUCUGCCAUGUAAUUAGUUGCUGGUAGCUAGUAGCUACAGGUCAAUGUAUUAUAUAUAAUCAAAUGCAAAAUUUAUU